UCGUCCUGCACACAGAGUCUGCUGUUGGCUCUGCUCUGCGGGGCUCGGUUCCUCGCCCGUCUCUCGGUCCGUGCGGCACAGCUCGUUCUGUGUUCAGCCUCUGGCUUCAACCGCUGCAGCACAAAUACUCUCCAGCUGGGAGUCAGACAAGGGCAGAGAUGAAGAACCCAGAAGCCCAACAGGAUGUUUCGGUUUCCCAGCGGAUUCGCGUGAUGUUUUAUGUGAUGAAGCCCAGUGAAACGUCAUUCCAAACCCUGGAAGAGGUGCCUGAUUAUGUACGGAAGGCAACUCCAUUUUUCAUUUCCUUGAUGCUGCUUGAGCUGGUUGUUGGCUGGAUUCGCAAAGGGAAGCCACCAGGCGGUUUGGAUGAUGCCUUAACAUCUAUGUCAGCCGGCAUUGUGUCUCAGCUUCCAAGGUUGUUUUGCAGGAGCAUUGAGCUGACUAGUUAUGUUUAUAUCUGGGAGAACUACAGACUCAUUAGUUUGCCUUGGGAUUCUCCAUGGACUUGGUAUUUAACUUUCUUGGGAGUUGACUUUGGUUACUACUGGUUUCAUCGUAUGGCUCAUG